AUGGCAAAAAGAGAUCAAGCUCAUAAAAUCGCGCGAGAGACGGGUGCUCUUGUGGAUUGGCAGUAUUAUCGGGACUGUCUUAAUGACGUUAAGAGGGUAUUACGCGAGGCGGAGAAGGAGUAUGUCCAGAAUGAGGUUAAAAAGAAUCAGAGCUCUAGUGAACAGUGGAUGGUGAUACGGAAUUGCAUACCAACUAGGGAGAAGGAGCGCCCAGCUUAUUCUAGGGAUAUGAAAGAACUUGCGACGGAAUUCAAUGAAUUCUUUACGGAGGUGGGAGUACGUGUCGCAGAGGAAGCCAAAAGACUCGCAUCAGUCAAUGGUCUAACUACUUCACAUCAGGGACUCCCUGUCAGUUUUAUACCCGAAGAAGAUGAGUUUCGAUUUCGGGCUGCUACCUCUUUCGAGAUCAAUAGGACUGUAUAG